AAACAACGUACCUAACCUCACAACUAGUGAACUUUGUAUUCCUGGUUUAUGAAUUAAAUUAUGCGUUAAUCGGUUGUUGUCUCCUAGUUUGUUCGUUAGUAAUCCACCAAGAUGUUCGAGAGGAUGUUUAAGGUGAAGUUUUUGCCGUGCAAGAAUUGUUUCUGUUACAUUUCGUCCAGGUCUUAUCUGCCACAACAAGGGAACUACGUAAAAAUUAUGUUCGGUGAUGGAGACACCGCUUAUUUUUCCGUAAAUUACACCCUAACAAGCCUGGAUAAAGACUGUAUUGGCAUCAGUUCUAUCUAUGCGAAAACCUUGGGCAUUAAAGAGAAUGACACUGUGAUAUUAGUAGAAGUACACAAGCCUCCCUCUAUUAAAUCUAUGUCAAUUACACCCUCGUGUGAGAGUGACUAUGAAGUGUUGGAGCUACUGGCUGAGAACGUGCAGUCCACCUUAUUAGAUCAAAUUAGUGUGAUUAACUCAGGGAAAAAUAUAGUUAUUUGGAUUGGCAGGAAUAUUUUCGUCAAGGUUCCUGUUAGUGAUGUUAAGCCAGUCAAUUUGGGUUGCAUAGAUAAUCUAACAGAAGUCAUAAUUAAACCUCCGGCAAAACAAAACAAUGCUAAAAGUAUUACAUAUGAUAAAACUAAAAUACAGACUAAAAAUAACAAGCUCACAUCUGAGGUGCUUAAUGACGACUCCAUAAAGUAUUUUAUGAAGUUGAUUGAAGGACUGAAACUGGAUGAAAUUUUGCUGAAACAUCUAGACAAGUAUUUUGAUGAAAAAGAUGAUUUGCUGUUUAGAAUGAUCCCAACAAAGCAGGAGAAACUCUUUGUUGACUUGCAGAAAUAUUUACAUCCAUUUAACGUUUUCGUAUCUAGACAAAAGCUUGAACAAAACUGGUUGAAAACUAACUCCAAACAAACCCCAAUAAUAUGUCAAUUGGAGCUGUUAACGAACGGCAUGUUUCCACCUAAGCCACUUCAUGUGCGCCUUUGCAUAUUAGAAGAUUAUAUUCCAGAAUUCAACGCCAACGUCUACGAAGAUAACAUGUACGUGGGUGACGUAAUCAUGGAACAUUUCUCCUGUAAACCAGGAGCCAGGGGAUUCCUGAACUAUGAGCCAACCACGCCCUCAGUCAACGAAAUACACAUAUGCAGCAAAAAGAAUUACUUGAUCGACAUUAAGGAACGUUUCAAGCAGUUUUUGGCCGUCAAAACUGAGGGUCAACCCUUACUGUUAAACCCUGAGGUCGUUAUGGACAUCGACGACGGUAUUAAAUGCCUGCUGAAGUUUACGCCAAUUGAAUCAAAGUUUUGUCUCGUCGACGAAAAGUUGAUACGCGACUGCAAAUAUACGUUGCUGCAGGAUUUACAUGUUACGGAACCGGACGAGGAAAAAAUGAUGCCGGAGAAUAAUUUAAAUGCUUGUAAUUUUGGUCACAUUGUAGAUAAUGUUAGUAGGUUGUUUGAUUGUACUCGAUUAAAUAAAUUCGAGAAUGUUUUGCUCACAGGCAAACCCGGCACGGGCAAAACAACUUUGACCGCGGUACUACAAGACAAACUGAAAGUCUCCCCGUACUAUCUCUAUUCGGAGACGAUCCGUUGUAAACAGAUUAAAGGAAAAACACUCGAUUCCCUGUUGAAAUUAUUCUCGACCACCUUCUCCAAUCUGAUCCUCCACCAACCCUCCGUUCUGAUAUUGGACGACCUGCACGUACUGUGCGAAAACGUACCGGGCGAAGAGGUGGCACCGAACGCGAUCUAUUUUAAUAGGAUAAGCGAGAUGUUACAUGAUUUAUUUAAGUCAAACUGCGAAAAUAAUUUGAUUGGUAUUAUUGCCACGUGUGAGUCAACCAUGAAGUUGAACAGUUAUAUUUACACAUCCAGAGGAAGUCAUUUGUUUAAGAAUUUAUUUAGCAUUGACUCUUUUAAGAAGGAGGACAGAAUAAUGUUGCUUAAGUUCUUGUUUAAAAACUACACCCUUAAAUCAGUAGAUUUCGAUGAACUAGGGGUUAAAACUGAAGGUUUCGUUAUGCAGGACUUGGUCAAUUUUGCCAAUAAGGCGGUGUAUGAGGCGUACAAGGACGACCCCAACAGCUCACACGAACCAACAAUUACAAACGACCAUUGCGAAAGGGGUUUAAAAAACACCACUGUCCUGUCCCUGCACGACGUCCAGUUGCAUUCGCCCGGCGACAAAGACUUCAGCGACGUGGGAGGACUGAAGGUGGUCAAGGACCAACUGGUGGAAACGUUGCUUUGGCCGGUGCAAUAUCCGGAAAUAUUCGCUGGCGCACCGCUAAGAUUGCAGACGGGGAUGUUGCUGUACGGGGCGCCGGGAACGGGGAAGACAUUGAUGGCGGGCGCAGCUGCCAGACAGUGCGGCCUGAGGCUGAUCGCCGUCAAGGGGCCCGAGUUGCUGUCCAAGUACAUCGGGGCCAGCGAACAGGCCGUGAGGGACGUCUUCGAGAAAGCACAGAGCGCCAGACCCUGCAUUCUCUUCUUUGACGAGUUCGACAGUCUCGCUCCCAGGCGGGGGCAGGACACUACGGGUGUCACCGACAGGGUGGUUAACCAGCUGCUGACGCAGCUAGAUGGCGUUGAGUCACUGACUGGGGUGUGUGUGUUGGCGGCAACAUCAAGACCCGAUUUGUUAGAUCCUGCCUUGCUGCGACCUGGAAGAUUGGACAAACAACUGUUGUGUUCCCUGCCCAACGAGGCUGAACGUUUGGAGAUCCUGGAAGCUUUAUCGAAAACUUUGAGCCUGAGCAAGGACGUUAACUUCAGGAAGCUAGCUUCUAAGACUGAGGGCUUUUCAGGUGCUGACCUGCAGUCAGUCCUUUACACCGCCCAACUGUCUUCUGUGGACCAUCUUUUGUUAAACACGGAACCGGCACCAGGUUCAAGCAAACCUGUCAAAAUUACUCAGAAGCACUUGGAGGACGCUCUGAAGAAAACGAGGCCUUCUUUAACGCAGCAGGACAAAGUAAAAUAUGACAGAAUAUAUGCACAAUUCCAAGGUGGAUACAAGGAAGAUUUUAUACCUGGAACCAAAGCCACGUUGGCAUAAGUUUUAAAUUGUUUUGUUGAAUGUUUAAUAAGAAAUAAAUUGUUAUAUAUUUUCUGUUACAAAUUAAAUAAAAGUUAGUUUUUGAA